AUGCUUCGUCGUCAUUUUGCUCGUUCCUAUGCAUCAUCAUCAUUAUCUUCCUAUUGUCUGUCUGCAUCAAAGAAUCACAAGUGUCAUCCAAUCAAAAAACACAUACUAACUUCCUCGUAUGAAACAGGACACAAUGCAUUUUUCAACAGCAACACAAGAAACUUGAGUGUUUGUGUGGUUGGAAGCGGCCCAGCUGGUUUUUAUACGGCCAAACAGUUGUUGGGAAAGGAGUGUCAGUCAAUUUUCGGGAAUGAGCCAGUAAACAUCACAAUUAUUGAACGAUUGCCAACACCCUAUGGUUUGGUGAGAUAUGGUGUUGCUCCAGAUCAUCCUGAAGUCAAGAAUGUUCAAAACGAUUUUGAUCAAGUGGCUUCCGAUCCACGAGUUCAAUUUAUUGGAAAUGUGUCACUCGGAAAAGAUGUCAGGCUGAAAGAGUUGCAAGAAUUAUUCGAUGUGGUCGUUCUAUCGUACGGAGCAGAAAGUGAAAGAACUCUUGGCAUCAAGGGUGAAGAUUUGCAAGGGGUUGAAAGUGCUAGAGAAUUUGUCGCGUGGUACAAUGGUUUGCCAUCUCACACCAAAGAGCAUACGGCUGAAAAAUUCAAAAACCUUGUACAAAGUUCAAAGAAUGCAGUCAUUAUUGGCCAAGGUAAUGUCGCACUCGAUGUGGCGAGAAUAUUGGCGCGACCUGUGUCAACACUCAAACCCUAUGAUGUCACCUCUCAAGCAAUGCAUGUGUUGGAGAAUUUUAAUAGCAAUUUGAAGCAUAUUUUAGUGGUAGGAAGAAGAGGACCUGUUCAAAUAGCAGCCACCACAAAAGAAUUGAGAGAAUUGAUCAAACUUAAUUGCCUCUAUGCAGAUCCUACACAAAUACAAGACGAGUAUUUGGAUGAAAUCUCUAAGGAGCAAUUGCAUAAGGAAGGACGAGUUAAACAACGUUUGAUACAACUAUUACAAACAGCAGUGGUAAAACCAAGCUUACCUGAUAACACAAAAUUGGUCGAGCUUGUGUUUUUCAGAAGUCCUGUGGAAUUUUUACCGAAAAAGGAUGAUCCAUCUCGCAUUGGAUCUAUUAAAUUCGAAAUUACCAAGCUAGAGAAAGAUCCUAAUGGAGAUCUUGAACCAAAGGCUGUUGGAACUGGUAUUUUCGAAGAAAUUGAAUGUGAUUUAGUGUUCAAGAGCAUUGGAUACAAGAGUGUGAACGUCGAUCCUGAAAUUCCAUUCGAUCUCAAAAAAGGAGUUGUUGUCAAUGAGCAUGGUAGAGUUGUGAACCCUCAAACCAAGCAUUCCAUUGGUGGAGUAUAUGUUUGUGGUUGGCUGAAACGUGGUCCCUCUGGUGUUAUUUUGUCCAAUAUUUAUGAUGCUGAGGAGACUGUUGAGAGUAUAACGAAUGACUUUUCUUCAGGAGCCCUGUCUCGCUCCAAAAAUGAUGCUCAUACAAAGCUUGUAUCCAAGCUCCAAGAAAAGAACAUUUCAUAUGUUAAUUUUGGUCAAUACAAGAAAUUGGAACAGUUCGAAGUGAAUGAAGGUCAAAAGAUGGGAAAAAUUAGAGAAAAGGUUUUACAUGUACCUGAAAUGCUUAAUAUUUGUUUCAAGUAA